AUGUCUUACAGAAUCUCUGCCCCCGAUGAGUACCUUGCCAUCACUGGCAUGGGCAUCAAGACCGUCAAGAUCACAAAAGCUACAUGGGUCUGGCCUCUCCAACGAUGCACACGCUUCAGCAUCCGACCUCACGACUAUGCCAUGGACCUUCAGGCCAUGACAAAGGAGAAGUUGCAGUUCUCUCUCCCCGUCGUCUUCACAGUGGGCCCUGAUGUCAACCAGCGCGGGGCCAACCGCUCCGAUGCCGACAGUGAAGCCGAUGGCCUUGAGCGUGAGGAUCGAGGGGAUGCUUUGAUGAAGUAUGCUAUGCUUUUGGCGAACUCUGAGGAGAAGGAGAAUAUUAGCCAGAGCCAGCAUGUUUCCAACAUCGUCAAGGGUAUCAUCGAGGGUGAAACUCGAGUCCUCGUCUCUAGCAUGACCAUGGAGGAGAUCUUCACUGAGCGAGAGGUCUUCAAGAAGAGAAUCUUUCGAAACAUCCAGAACGAGCUGUCGCAGUUUGGUCUGCUCAUCUUCAACGCCAACGUCAAAGAGUUGAAGGAUGCCCCCAACUCAGUCUACUUCGCCUCCCUCUCCCGCAAAGCCCACGAAGGCGCAACCAACCAAGCCAGAAUCGACGUCGCAGAGGCCCAACUCCGCGGCAACGUCGGCGAAGCCCAGCGCAAGGGUGAACAAGAGCGCGAGAUCGCAAAGAUCAACGCCGAGACCGCCGUCCAGAAGACAGAGCGCGACAUCGAGCGCGCCCAAGCAGAAGCACACCUCGACACCAAGCGCACAGGCCUCACCCGCGACGUCGACAUCGCCCGCAUCACAGCCCAGCGCGUUCUCGAGUCCAAGGAUGAGGAUCUCAAGAAGGAGGUCGAGAUCAAGCGCGCUGCUGCGGAGAUGGAGCGUCUUCGUGCGACGGAUGUUGUCAAGGCUACGAUUGCGAGGGAGAGUAAGCAACAGGCUGCCGAUGCAGCUGCGUACGAGGUUGAAGCGGAUGCGCGGGCUCGUCAGGAGGCUAGCCAGCGCAAGGCUGAUGCUGCAGCUUACCAGACCAAGAUCUCCGCGGAUGCUGAUGCAGCUGCUGGGUAUGCCAAGGUCACAAAGAACACAGACGCCGCAGCUUAUCAGACCCGUAACGAAGCUGAAGCUUACAACUACGCCGCCCAGCAGCGCGCCGAAGCCGAGCUCGUCGCCAAGCUCCGCGAGGCAGAAGGUAUUUCCGCCAUGGCAGACGCCUACGGCAAGCUCUCCCAAGCGUUCGGCGGUCCCGCUGGAUUACUGCAGUACAUGAUGAUCGAGAAGGGCACAUAUGUUGAACUCGCCAAGGCCAACGCCACAGCUAUCCGCGGUCUCGAGCCCAAGAUCAGUGUUUGGAACACUGGAAGUCAGGGUGCUCAGGGUGGCGAUGCUACUGAGACGAUGCGCAACGUGUACCAGAUGCUGCCGCCGCUGAUGAGCACUAUUAACGAACAGACUGGUAUUACUCUGCCGGAGUGGCAGUUUGGGAAGUUGAACGCUGGUGUUAAUGCUGUUAACCAGGAGGGUGCUAAGACUAAUGGUCACAAGAGCCAUUAA